GAGGAGGAAGAAGAGGAGGAGGAGGAGGAGGAAGAAGAAGAGGAGGAGGAUGAGGAAGAGGAAGAGUAGGAGGAAGAGAAGGGGGAAGAGGAAGAGGAGGAGGAAGAUGAAGAGAAAGAGGAAGAAGAGGAAGAGGAGGAGAAAGAGGAAGAGGAAGAGGAGGAGGAGAAAGAGGAAGAGGAGGAGAAAGAGAAAGAGGAGGAGAAAGAGAAAGAGGAGGGGGAGGAGAAAGAGGAAGAGGAGGAGAAAGAGAAAGAGGAGGGGGAGGAGAAAGAGGAAGAGGAGGAGAAAGAGAAAGAGGAGGGGGAGGAGAAAGAGGAAGAGGAGGAGAAAGAGAAAGAGGAGGGGGAGGAGGAAGAGGAGGAGAAAGAGGAACAGGAGGAGAAAGAGAAAGAGGAAGAGGAGGAGAAAGAGAAAGAGGAAGAGGAGGAGAAAGAGAAAGAGGAAGAGGAGGAGAAAGAGAAAGAGGAGGGGGAGGAGAAAGAGGAAGAGGAGGAGAAAGAGGAACAGGAGGAGAAAGAGAAAGAGGAAGAGGGGGAGAAAAAGAAAGAGGAGGGGGAGGAGAAAGAGAAAGAGGAACAAGAGGAGAAAGAGGAAGAGGGGGAGAAAGAGGAAGAGGAACAGGAGGAGAAAGAGAAAGAGGAAGAGGAAGAG